AUGGCUUCCCGGUUGGGCGGUUCCAGGCUGGUCGGCCUGAUUAAAAGAAUUGGACAAAGCCGGACCUUCAAAGUCACAGCGGCCGUUGGGACAACUCUUGGAGGCCUCUAUUAUUUGGAUGUUUGGAAUGAAAAGCACUUCCAGAAAGAAACGGUAUGGGUAUUUUGACUUUUUUCUUGUAUUUUUAGGCCAUUCUGGAGGUACUGUAAAAAUAUUACUUAUGAAAAAAUAUUACACUAGGCAAGAAUUACUAAUUGCCUGCUAUUUUUAUAUAAUUUUUAGGAGAAAUACUUCCGAAUUGCCUUGGCCGACUCCCAAAUCCGUGCGGAACUCAACAAACGUCCAUCGGGAGCUCUCCCCACUCGUCAGGAACUGUUGGCCAGAUUAAAAGAAGAUGAAUUUGAUGUUUUGGUCAUUGGCGGAGGUGCCACUGGAGCCGGUGUAGCCUUGGAUGCGACAACAAGGGGCUUGAAAACAGCUCUUGUCGAACUUGAUGAUUUCUCAUCCGGCACUAGCUCAAGAUCAACCAAACUUAUCCAUGGAGGGGUUAGAUAUCUGCAAGCAGCCAUCUUCGGACUGGACAUAGAGCAAUACAAAAUGGUCAAGGAGGCGUUGUUCGAACGUGCGAACCUGCUAGAGAUCGCUCCUCACCUAUCUUACCCAUUGCCCAUCAUGAUUCCCGUUUAUAAGUAAGUGCAAUAUUCUUUUUUUAAUUUUUUUUUGAUUUUUAGGUAUGAAAAGUUUAAUAAGAUUGGGAAUGACCUAAAAAUUUGUUUUAGGUACUGGCAGAUCCCGUAUUACUACGCAGGCAUCAAAGCAUACGAUCUGGUCUCUGGCCGGAGAGUCCUAAAACAUUCGUAUUUUGUGGGCAAAGAAACCUCUUUGGAGAGAUUCCCCAUGUUAAAGAAGGAGAACCUAAAAGGAUCCUUGAUCUAUUACGAUGGUGCCCACAACGAUGCAAGAAUGAAUUUGGCCAUUAUUUUGACCGCUAUCAGACAUGGCGCCAAGGCUGUAAAUCACGUAAAAGUGGAGACGUUGUUGAAAGAUCCGGAAGGAAAAUUGGUCGGAGCUCAUGUUAAGGACAUGGUAGGGAGAUUUGGUUUAGGUUUGGGUUUGAAUUCGGCGGGAAUAUAUUAGUUUUGGUCGAUUUAUGAGAAAUUUAGCCUAGUAUAAUAUAAAAUUUUGGAUAUAAAAUUUUGUUGUGUUUUAGGUCAGUGGAGCCGAAUGGGACGUGAAAGCCAAGGCCAUUGUGAAUGCCACAGGCCCCUUUACCGACUCGAUGAGAGUAAUGGCGGACCCUGAGACCAAGCCGAUUUGCGUCCCUUCAGCUGGUGUUCAUGUGGUUCUCCCGGGCUAUUACACGUAAGUAUAGAUGCUAUUUGGAUUGUUUUUGGGUUUAGGGACUGUUUUUUGAAAGUUUGGAUCACAUGAAAUGAUUUGACCCCAUUUUUUGCCCAUUAUAAUGUCACCCAUUACAGCCCAAGUGGAUUUGGUCUUUUGGACCCCCAAACCAGCGAUGGCCGUGUGAUUUUCUUCCUCCCCUGGCAAAAGAUGACCGUCGCCGGAACCACGGAUGCCAGCGCCGAACUCACCUUCCAUCCAGCCCCCAAGAAUCAGGACAUUGAAUUCAUCCUGGGCGAGAUCCGAAGAUACCUCUCGAAGGAUGUGACCAUCCGAAGAGGCGACGUCAUGUCCGCUUGGAGUGGCCUAAGACCAUUGGUUAGAGAUCCGAACAAGACCAACACCGCCUCGCUGGCUAGGAAUCAUAUUAUCGAGGUGGGAAAAAGUGGCCUGAUCACCAUCGCAGGAGGAAAAUGGACAACUUAUCGUCAUAUGGCCGAAGAAACUGUCGAUACCCUGGUGAAAGUACAUAAUUUGAAGACUAGAAACAACUGUGUCACCCCUGGUCAGUGAGAAUUUUAAAGAUUUUUGGUGAUUUCUUUGGGAUCUGGUCAAGUGUAAUGCAAAACUUUGAUAAAAAUAGUGAUUUAUCGUAAUUUUAUUCAAUUUUAGGCCUUAUGCUGGAAGGUGCACACAACUGGGACCCUCUUUUAUAUAUCCAUUUGGUACAGGAUUACGGUAUUGACACGGAUAUUGCCCAACAUUUGGCUAACACUUAUGGAGACAGAGCGUUUGUGGUGGCAAGAAUGUGCAAAAUGACCGGUAAAAGAUGGCCAAUCGUUGGUUCCAGACUCCAUGAAGAGUUCCCUUACCUGGAUGCAGAGGUCCGAUAUGCUGUUAAGGAGUACGCAUGCACUGCCGUGGAUGUCAUCGCCAGAAGGUUGAGAUUGGCUUUCCUGAACACAUACGCCGCUCAUGAAGUGCUGGAUAGAGUCUGUCAGAUCAUGGGAGAGGAGUUGAAGUGGAGCAGUGCCGAACAGAGGGUAAGAAUUAAAAAAUAUAGCAGAUUUUACCUAAAAUAAUGUCAUUUUUGACAUGGAUAAUAUAAUUUUUGAUUGGGUUGGUGGUUUUCUGGUUUGAUUUUUACGGAAAAUAAUUUCAGCGUCAAUUGGAUGUGGCCAGGACCUUCAUCGACCGGGAAAUGGGCCAAGAAGCGAGGGCUCAGUCCAUGAAUGAGAUCACCUUAAACCUGACGAGAGAGGAAAUGCAGGCUGCCAAGGAACGAUUCAACUUGUUGGACAGAGACAGAAAGGGUCAUAUUACUGUGAACGACAUUCGGCGACACUUUAGAGUAAGUUUAACAUUUCAAAUUGGAACUAUUUUAUAUUCAUCAUGGAUAAUAUAAAUUUUUAGGAAAAUAACAGCAAAAUUGAUGAGCGAUUACUCCACGAACUCCUAAAUGAAGUCGACAUGAACAAGAACGGUGAAUUGGAGCUCACAGAGUUCUUCCAGGUAAGAUUUGAACACUUUUGAAAUCAAAAUUUUUCAUGGAUAAUAUAAUUUUGCUCGAUUUUAGCUGUAUUCCGGCCUGAAAGGAGGUCAAAUCACCCAAAAUCGACUGGUCCGAUACCUCGACGAACUCAGCACCCCCGAUGUCAGCCGCUCUGGUGGAGGUUUCUAAUUUUUUCUUUCCAUUUUGCAGUUGUUAAGGUCUUUUUAUCCAGAAUUUGAUGUGUCUUACGGUUGGUGAGAACUCAUUAGUCUGUUACAAUACCGUUUUUGUUGCCCUCGACAAAAUUGUAACCCUCUUUUAGGUAGUUUGUCUAGAAAUUUAGCUAUAAUCAUACAAAAUUUAUAUUGUUUUAGUGUCUUUUAUGUCUGAAAUCCACACAAAUUACUUAUUUUUGACCAGGGAUUACCGUUAAAGCGAUACUUCCCAAAAAUUUCACAAUAAUCUUAAUAUUUCGCUACCAUUUUUACUCAACUUUUCAAUUUUUAAAAAGUUUUUUUUUCGAUUUUUUUGUUAUUUUGAUUUUGGAAAAGUAAUAAAAAAUUGACAAUAUUUUUGAACAAAAGUAGUUUUUUUUAGAUUUUUUGAGAUUUUCAGAAAUUUUGAUGACUAAAAUAAUGUUCCAGGUGCCACCAGAGACGCUGUCGCCAAGGUAAUUUACGAUGCCAUGCUUGGAAAAGAAACGGAGAGGUGCCCCACCAAAAAAGAUCACAAAAAGUUGUUCGGAUGA